CAUUCUUGUCCUGCAGGCAGCAUUCCGGGUGGAGAGAGUGAGUGAGAGAAAGAGAAAGACAGAAGAGAUUUCAGGCCGUACACUGUAUAUGUACAGUAAGACAAACGAGCUGUAUGCCCCAACACACCGCGGCGUCUAAGCAGGAUAUGGGCUCUCCAGGGCAGAUCCCGGGACAAGACAUGGAGCUCUAAACCAGCCCUCUCCAUCCAUCUCCAUUUGCUGCCUUGCACACUGCUCUCCAAAACCACCUCUUCUACCCCUGCUAUAGCGGUUUGGCUCCGACUCGUCAAAGAGAGAAAAGAGGGAAGAAAAAGCCAAGUGGGAGGGAGUAGUACACUUUCCCCAGCUGCUGUCCAGACACACACAUGCUGCAUUGCUGCCAUUCCCCAAGCCCUGCUCCAUCCAUCCCUAGGGCACGGCCACUAGCUCACUAGCUAGCUAGCUAGCACUUGGCACAAAGACGAGGCCUGUCCUCGGGGAUAAAAAUACAAGCAGACUGUGUACCCUUGCUGAUUUCUUUUUUGUCCCUUUUCCGGGUCACCCAGCCGGACAGUGGUUAACUGGGGCUCUUUUUGUUUAGCUGUCAAUCCCACUGCUUUGAGCAGUGAACGAUUGCUGGUAGCCAGUCAGUCAGUCAGUCAGUCAGUCAGGCAGUCACUUAGUCAGGCAGUCACUAAGUCAGGCAGACUGAGGGGUUGGUUAUCCCAGAAGAGAAUGAUGGAGCCCAGCAUGGAGAACUGCCUGACCCAGGUCCUGCAGAAGGACAUGGGCCGCCGGCUGCAGGUGGGGCAGGAGAUCAUUGAUUAUAUUCUGGACAAGGAGAAGUCCCAUGACCUGGAGCAGGACCAGACAGUGCUGGACAAGAUGGUCGACGGCAUCGCCAGCACCUGGGUCAACUCCAGCAACUUCAAGGUGGCUCUGCUCGGCUUGGACCUCUUAUCUGCCUUAGUGACGAGGUUACAGGAGAGAUUUAGGUCCCACGUGGGAACAGUUCUUCCCAGCCUUAUCGAUCGAUUGGGAGAUUCUAAAGACCAAGUGCGAGAACAGGACCAAACAGUGCUGCUAAAGAUCAUGGAGCAAGCUGCCAGCCCACAGUAUGUGUGGGACCGAAUGCUGGGAGGCUUCAAACACAAGAACAACAGGACCAGAGAAGGAGUGUGCCUUUGUCUCAUCGCCACGCUGAGCAUACAUGGAGCUCAAGGCCUGACCCUGAGUAAAAUUGUUCCCCACAUAUGUAACCUGUUGGGGGACCCCACAAGUCAGGUGCGUGACGGAGCGAUGAGCUGCUUGGUGGAGAUCUAUAGACAUGUGGGGGAGAGGGUGAGGAUGGAUCUCAGCAAAAAGGGCCUGCCACAGUCACGGUUGAAUGUAAUCUUCAGCAAAUUUGAUGAAGUCCAAAGAUCCGGGAACAUGAUGCCAUCGUCCGUCUCAGAUAAGAAUUUUGAGGAUGAAGACUCAGUGGAUGGAGGCCGGUCCUCCUCCUCUUCAUCAUCCAAAGCACCCCCCGGUGGCAGGAGGACGGUUAUCAGCUCUGUGCGAAGACCCAGCUCAGCCUCCGCAAAUAAGCCCACAAGCAAGGAAGCAGCUGCUGGUGCUGUUGAUGAGGACGAUUUCAUCAAAGCCUAUGAAGACGUGCCCUCAAUCCAGAUCUACUCCAACAGAGAGCUGGAGGACCAUCUGGCCAAAAUCAGAGAAGUGCUUUCUGAUGACAAACACGACUGGGAGCACCGGGUUGUAGCGCUGAAGAAGGUGCGUUCUCUCCUGAUGGCGGGGGCCACAGAGUACGAGGGCUUCCCUCAGCAGCUGCGUCUCCUGGAGGCUCCACUCAAGCUGUCGGCCAAAGACCUGCGCUCACAGGUGGUGCGCGAGGCCUGCAUCACACUGGGACACUUGUCUUUGAUACUGGGAAACAAGUUUGACCACGGAGCAGAGAGCAUCAUGCCCACGCUGCUCAACCUCGUGCCCAACAGUGCCAAAAUCAUGGCCACGUCCGGAGUGGCCACCAUCCGCCUCCUCCUCAGGCGCACACACUACCCACGUCUCAUCCCCAUCAUCACCAGUAACUGCGCCGCCAAAUCAGUGGCAGUCCGACGGCGCUGUUUUGAGUUCCUAGACCUCAUGUUACAGGAGUGGCCCACUAACACAUUGGAAAGACACGUGGCGGUUCUGACUGAGACCAUCAAGAAAGGCAUCCACGACGCUGACUCUGAGGCCAGAUGCAUCGCAAGGAAAUGCUACUGGGGUUUCCAUGGUCACUACAGCCGGGAGGCGGAGCACCUCUUCCAGGCGCUGGAGUCGCCCUAUCAGAAGGCCCUGCAGUCCCACCUGAAGGGCUCUGACAGCAUCGUGUCUCUGCCGCAGUCUGACCGCUCGUCCUCCUCCUCCCAGGAGAGUCUGAACCGGCCACUGUCUGUGAAGAGUGUCAUUGGAGGGAGCAUGACAAGGAGUAAGCUGGUGGGCAGCAGGGUGUCUCCUUCAUCAGGUUCUCUCCAGCGUUCCCGUAGUGACAUCGACGUCAACGCCGCCUCCAGCUCAAAGUCCCGUCUGUCCACCGUACCCACCUCCUCGCCCUUCAGUUCUGCAGCGGCCCUCCCCCCCGGGUCCUACGCCUCAUUAGGUCGAGUCCGUACCAGGAGGCAGAGCUCGGGCAGUACGGGGGGGGCCAGCCCCUCAGUGGUGGACAGUAGGGGACGCAGCCGAGCCAAAAUCGUCUCCCAGUCCCAGCGAUCCAGAUCAGCCAAUCCCAUCAAUGCCGGCAGUCGCUCCAGCUCCCCGGGGAAGCUGCUGGGCCACAGCAGCUACGGGCGGGUCCCUCGGGUCUCGGUGUCGGCCUCCACCACGCCUGCUGACAAGCGCAGCCGCGUCCCCCGCAGCCAGGGCUGCAGCCGGGACACCAGCCGGGACACCAGCCCCACCCGCCUGGGCCUCGCCCGGAGCCGCAUCCCCCGCCCCAGCAUGAGUCAGGGCUGCAGUCGUGACACCAGUCGCGAGAGCAGCCGCGACACCAGCCCUGCUCGGGGCUUCACUCCUCUGGACCGAUAUGGUUUGAUCCACCAAGCCAGGAUCUCUGCCUCUGUCAACGCCAUGAGGGUCCUGAACACCGGCACAGAGGUGGAGGCAGCGGUGGCUGAUGCUCUGCUGCUAGGAGACUCCAGGAAUAAGAGGAAGCCGAUGAGGCGCAGGUACGAAUCCCCGGGGAUAUACUCUGACGACGACGCCAACAGCGACGCAUCCAGCGCCUGCUCGGAGCGCUCGUACAGCUCCAGGAACGGAGGGAUCCCUCACUACCUGCGGCAGACGGAGGACGUGGCCGAGGUCCUGAACCACUGCGCCAGCUCCAACUGGUCCGAGAGGAAGGAGGGUCUGCUGGGCCUGCAGAACCUCUUCAAAAGCCAGAGGAUACUCAGCCGAGUGGAGCUGAAGAGACUUUGUGAGAUCUUCACAAGGAUGUUUGCAGACCCACAUAGCAAGAGAGUGUUCAGCAUGUUCCUGGAGACCCUGGUGGACUUCGUCCUGGUGCACAGGGAGGACCUGCAGGACUGGCUCUUUGUGCUGCUCACCCAGCUGCUGAAGAAGAUGGGGGCCGACCUGCUGGGCUCCGUGCAGGCCAAAGUCCAGAAGGCCCUGGAUAUCACAAGGGAUUCCUUCCCAUUCGAUCAGCAGUUUAACAUCCUGAUGCGGUUCAUCGUGGAUCAGACUCAGACCCCUAACCUGAAGGUUAAGGUGGCCAUUCUGAAGUACAUCGACACCCUGGCCAGGCAGAUGGACCCGACAGACUUUGUCAACUCCAGUGAGACGCGCCUGGCCGUCUCUCGCAUCAUCACCUGGACCACUGAACCCAAAAGUUCUGAUGUCAGGAAGGCGGCACAGGUGGUGCUCAUCGCUCUGUUUGAGCUCAACACCCCAGAGUUCACCAUGCUGCUGGGAGCCCUCCCCAAAACGUUCCAGGACGGAGCCACCAAACUGCUGCACAACCACCUGAAGAACUCUAGCAACACCAGCAGCAGUGUGGGCUCUCCCAGCAACACCAUUGGCCGGACGCCGACACGCCACACCCCCAGCAGGACCAGCCCCCUCACCUCUCCAACAAACUGUUCCCAUGGAGGACUGUCUCCAAGUCGGUUAUGGGGUUGGGGUGGCGACGGACUGUCAAAGCAUCCCCCUGCCCCUCCUCCUCCUCCUCCUCCUCCUCCUCAGCCCCACUCCACCCCUGCUGCCCCCUCCCUAAGGGUCCUCCGCAGAGCAUAUUCACCCAGCAUGAUGGAGUACGACACUGAAAACAUGAACUCUGAGGAGAUCUACAGCUCGCUGCGCGGUGUCACUGAGGCCAUCCAGAGCUUCAGCUACCGGAGCCAGGAGGACCUGAACGAGCCAAUCAGACAGGAGGGCAAGAGGGACGACGCGGCAGGAAGAGAGGGCGUAGCGUCCUCUCCUGGCUCUGACGCUCGGCUCGGUUUAGACGUGGUGGAAGGAGGUCGCACCGCUUUAGACAACAAGACUUCCUUGCUCAACACGCCGUCGCCCCGCUCCUUUUCGGGGCCACGGGGCCGUGAGUUCGCCCCUUAUGGCUACGGAGAAACCAUUUGCACGUAUGACAAGAGCGCCAUGAAGGAGGCCGUGUUCGACGAUGACGUAGAGCAGUUCCGCGACUGCCGACGGCAGGAAAGUGGUGAAAACAAGAUGAUGCUCCCCAAGGUCUUUGCUCCUGCAGGCGGUCAGGACCACUCGGACCUGGUGGCAGACCUGCUUAAGGAACUGUCCAAUCACAACGAGCGCUCUGAGGAGCGUAAAGGCGCCCUGGUGGAGCUGCUGAAGAUCACACGAGAGGACAACCUGGCAGUGUGGGACGAACACUUCAAAACCAUCCUGCUCCUGCUGCUGGAGACGCUGGGGGAUAAAGACCACACCAUCCGGGCCCUGGCUCUGCGUUUGCUGAAAGAAAUCCUGAGGAAUCAGCCGGCGCGCUUUAAAAACUACGCUGAGCUUACCAUCAUGAAAACUCUGGAGGCUCACAAGGACUCUCACAAGGAGGUUGUGCGAGCAGCCGAGGAGGCGGCCUCCACCCUGGCCGGCUCCAUCCACCCGGAGCAGUGCAUCAAGGUGCUGUGCCCCAUAGUGCAGACAGCCGACUACCCCAUCAACCUGGCUGCCAUCAAGAUGCAAACCAAAGUCAUUGAACGCAUCGCCAAGGACUCCUUGCUGCUGCUGCUGCCCGACAUCAUCCCCGGACUCCUGCAGGGCUAUGACAACACAGAGAGCAGUGUUCGCAAGGCCAGCGUGUUCUGUCUGGUGGCUAUCUACUCUGUGAUUGGAGAGGAUCUCAAACCCCACCUGGCAUUGCUCACGGGCAGCAAGAUGAAGUUACUGAACCUGUACAUCAAGCGAGCGCAGACCACCAACAGCAACAGCAGCAGCUCCUCGGACGUGUCCUCCCACAGCUAGUGGACAGAAGGACCCCCCCUCCUCACAACAGCUCACAGGACGUCCUGUCAGCAACCAGUCCUUCAGUUCCUCCUCCCUGAUUUUGCUCUAGAAACUUUUGAAUGUAACUGUGGAUUGGUUUUAGAUUGACGGGGAGGGAAACAACAGUUGACAGUCUCUUUUGGAAAAUAGAAAAUGUUUCUCUUUCUUUUCAUCCUCCCUUUUCCUGUUGAAGCCUGUUUUCCUCCAGCUCUCACAUUAGGUUCUCAUUAAAGAGUUCAUAGCAGAGGCCGGGAGACAUUCGGAACCUGUGUCAGAUAGACUGCAGUUAGGGAUGUAAUGUCAUUUGGCUGGCCCAGUGAUGGUAAUAAGCCCCGUAUGUUUUGGGAUGGGUUUUGGUUUAGGGAGCUUAAAAAAAAAAUGAAGACAACAAAUCUAAACCUUUACAGAAAGCGUACUGUAUGAGCAUUUUUUUGUUCCUGUUUAAUCAAUUAUGAUCUUUAUUUAAAGCUUAUUUUUAAUUAAGUGGCUAAAUCAAUUGAACCCCCUUUCCCAAAAACAUUAGCUACACUCAACAAGGUAGCAGGAAAGAUAACCCUUCCAGCUAAAUCAUUGACAAUCCUUCAAAUAUAGUGAAGAUUCAACUGUUUAACUGCACAAUUCAAGUUGAAUUUGUCUUGCAAUUCACACUCAGCAGAAGACGUGUUGUGAAGCUGUGCUGCCCGUAUUCUCCCACAGAACCUUCUGCACUCCUUUUGUUGAACAGUUUUGUUAAACACGCUUUCACCACUCCAGUGUGUGGCUUCUUACCUGUACAUCUGUGAGGUUGCUGCUCAGCAGAGACUGGUGAGGAGGAGGUCCUGCUGUAAAUGCUGCAGAUGUUUCCAGCGGGCAGACGAGUGAUGGGAGACCAAUAAGACUUUUCCAGGCCUUAUUCACUCCACACUCAUGUAAGUGGACUUACAGCACUGUAACCCUUGGCUCUCUAAAAUAUGUGAAUCUGCGGGACCCGGUUUGACCUGUGACCGGGCAAAUACAGUAUUAGUUUCCCCACACAGCUUCUGCAAUAACUCUGAAUCCACUAAUAACAGUAUUUUGUACAUACACUUUUGGACCACUGCUUCGCAAAGUUUUACAUAAUGUCAAAGAAAAAACAGGUUGACUAUCACCUUUUUGCACGCUGGCGAAAACACCCUGCAUGUAGCCUGCAGCUCAUGCCAACAUGCUGUUUUAAAGGGCCCGGGUUAUUGGCUGUUAAAGUGCACUUGUGACAUCAUCAGGUGACUCCUCUCUGAUGACUGUAUGAGCAGAGGAGGUGGUCCCACACAUCAGCCACAUGUAUGUCAAAGGUACACACAUAAACCAUGUGUUCUGUGUAUUUAAGUUGGUGGAAGUCACACCUCUUUUUGUUUCUGAUAAGAUUGAGGAAGCUUUCAAAUGUUGGAUGUUGCUCCGAGUCUAGCCAUGGAUCCCUGAUCAGGAAAGGUUUCCUCCAUCUGAUCAGAUGUUCGAUUAUUGGUUCACCGUGAUACUCUACGGUAGGAAGGGAUCAGACUCAUUAUGCCUUUUCAAUUCUGUUCUCCAGUUUGAGCAAAUGACCGAGUCCUUGGAUGGACGGCUUGUGACUCACUGUUUUAUUUGAGUGGUGUUUCAUUCAGGGAAUCCACUGCGAGUGGGCCAACCGUGGUUAUUUAAGUAAAUGAAUGUACAGACGUAUGUGUUAUAAUAAGCAGCAUUGGAAGUGGUGGUGCUGAAGAUGGUGUUGGCCCUGUACACUGUAACAUGCCUCUCUACUCUACCUUAUUCCCUCCUCCUGACUCCUCUCAAUCUGUCUGAUCUUGAAGCCAAUUGAAGCAGAUGCACACAUGGCAUGAGGGGAGCGUUAACCGAUCUUCAGGGGAGCAUAUGUAAUCCCAUUACUGCUAUAGAAACAGCUGUUCACUAUGCAUGUUCUCCUGUACACUGUCUUUCUUUUGUCUCAGUCGCUCAUGUAAUAUUCAGACCUGUAUUUAUAUUUUAUUUUGUUCUCUCAUGAUAAACUGUACAGAAGGUUUUUUUUUGUUUACUUCCACCUGUGAUAGGUUUGCAACAAUGUAAAGAAAUGGUUUUCUCUAGAAAUAAACCAACGAAGAAGUGA